GUGAGGUCAUGCACUGUGUCACCGGCUUCGCCCCUGGUCUCAACUGGCGACCGCUGGACAUUGUGCAACCUUUGCCAGCCCACCGAGUGUGCGGACUCUGCGGAGUGAUAGCCCGAAGGGCGGCAGUUCUCCCCUGCACGCAUGUCCUCUGCGAGACAUGCUACGAGGGCGCCGUGGCAUGCGGCAGCUUGUGUCCACUUGACGGUGAUACUCACGACGCGGACAGCGUGGAGAGGCUUGACCUGCAGCCAGCAUUCAUCCUCAAUCUGAGGGUGCUUUGCUGGAACUCCGGUCACGGCUGCGACUUCGCAGGACCAGUGUCUGCGCUUCUCGAACAUUUCGAGAACGACUGCGUCCACCAUCGUGCGCCGUGUCCUCGAUGCCACCAGGACGUACCCCGGUUACACCUCGUUCAGCACUGCGCAGGCAACUGCAGCCCUGCCAGCGGUGAGCGAAGGGUGGAACCUACACGACCUGUCCUCAGCGAUCUGGAGAAGGCAUGCGCCGAAUUCAGGCAGUCAUUCGCGGAGCUCAGGGACCAAAACUACGAACUCCAGUCCAGCCUCAAUUCCGUUGCGCAAAAUAUGAAGCUCGGACACCUACCAGAAACCACGCAGACACUUCUUGUUGCCCUCCCUGAUAUUUUAAAGGGCGACAGGGUGGCACCCAUUGUUGAAAUGAUGCCCUCAAGCUCUACCGCAAGCGCGGAGAUCGUUGGUGAAGUGUCAAGGUUUUCCGUCAGAUUAUCCACGGCGCCCUUCAGGCCUAACGAAACCCAUGGUAGAGUCAGCACCUUUCAUUCAGGUGGAAUUCGCAAGGUCCGAUUUCGGGUGGCAGACCUCAAAGCAGUACUUAAAGAACAUAUUCUUUUCAGCAAAGUUUUCUUUACUGAAGGCUACAAAACAUUCUUCAAGCUAAAAUGGGACAUCGCUGGGGACAUGUUUUGCUUGCAUGUUUUUCUUUGCAUUAUUUCUGGAGGGGUCCAGAACGGGACUACGUGGCCGUUCAUAAAACCCUUCACAGUGAAAAUUGUGCGCUCUCAGUUUGAGCACGCGGACAUCUAUCACAAGGUUCAUCCUGAUCAGUGCAUUAAGAGUGAGGGUGAGGACUGGACCAUGAUCCGGUUAUGCUCACUGAUUUCUUUGAGGACGGAAAGCCUUCCAGAUGUUCAUGGGUUCAUGAAAGUCAAGCUCCAGUUCUGAAACUGAUCGCAAACACCUCUCACGAGUUUGAAAAAUGUUUUGCAAUCAACUCUGUGCCAUGUCCAGGAGAAAAAAAAUAAGACUUUUUAAGUGGAACACAAUGUAGAUGUGACCAUCAUUCUGUAAGGAUGAGCUUGCAUGAUAACUUGUUCAUCCUUUCACGAUGUAGGUUGACUACAAAGUAAAUGGAGGCACAUAAGGGAAAAGUGCUGUCACCCAUUCUCUUUCAGUUAGAAAGCACCUUUAUUUUAGCAACUGAAACCAGACCCCGCAUCAUUGUAAAGUUUAGCAUCUUUGCUGAUUUCGCUUUUUGUCACAUCCAGUGUGAAUGUAGAACAAAUCAACUUCAAAAUUGCACCAUAAAUGACGCAGGUGUCAGCGAAAAGUCAUAAGGUGGAGGAGGUGUUUGAUUGAUUGUAUAAUUCCUUUAAAGGACUGUAUAAAAUCGUUUUGAAAAGGUGUAUUUGUGUAUGCGGCAAAAGCUGGUAAAGGAUGAAGUAGGCUCUUGCAU